AUGGAUUAUAGCCUUCCAACUCCAUUAGAGGGUCUUAAAGAAACAGGACCAACACCUUUCCUAACCAAAACCUACAACAUAGUGGAUGAUUCAAGCACAAACAACAUAGUUUCAUGGAGUAGAGACAAUAACAGCUUUAUUGUCUGGGAACCCGAGACUUUUGCCCUAGUUUGCCUCCCCAUAUACUUUAAGCACAAGAAUUUCUCCAGCUUUGUUAGACAGCUCAAUACUUAUGGGUUCAAGAAGAUUGACACAGAAAGAUGGGAGUUUGCAAAUGUGUAUUUUCUGAGGGGACAAAGACAUCUUCUUAAGAACAUCAGGAGAAGAAAGACAUCAUCUCAAACGCAGUCGCUAGAAGGAGAGAUCCAUGGGAUGAGAAGAGACAGAGUGGCUCUACUAACAGAACUGGUGAGACUCAGACGAAAACAGGAAAGCGUCAGGACAUAUCUUCGUUUGAUGGAAGAGAAAGUGAAACUCACAGAGAUGAAGCAAGAAAUGAUGAUGGAUUCCUUGCUGAAGAAGAUUCAGAAACCAGGGUUUUUGCAGAGCUUAAGGAAACGUAAGCAGCAAGAAAUCGAAAAUCGAGAGCAGAGGCAAGAGAUGAUCUCAAGCCAUCGGGUGAAAGCUGAGCCGGAAGAGUAUGGUGAUGAUAUUAGUGAACAUUUUGGAGGGGUGUUUGGUUAUGGCGAUGAGCUUCACAUAGCUUCAACGGAAGAUCAAGGACAAAAUGGGGUUGAAACGGAGAUGGAUAAUGAAGGGAUUUGGAAUGUUUCGUGUUGA